CCUAGGCAGCAUGUUUACAGGCUUCUAAUUCGAGAAGACUCGGACCUAUGCACCAGCUGCUAUGCAUCAGCAGGCAGCUUACUAGGUUAAGAGACACGGUCACAAAUGUGUGUGAGAGGAGAUGAAAAUCUCAGCAGCAACAGGAGUGGCAUGAGGGAAGAGGAGGAGACACGGAGCGCCUCAGACACAUGAUGAGGAUGAGAGUGACUCAACAUUCAGGUGCGACGGCCUUAGAUGGGCGGAUCUGAUCCCUGCGGCUGCUUGGACACUGUUCGAACUUCUCCUAACAACACUGGAUUCCAGGAUCCUGCUGUAGGAUAGACCGGCACCGACUAACCAGCCCGGAGGGAACUUGAGCCAAGUCUUCCGUAUUUUUCCCACCGAGUGCUCGGGAGAUAUGUGGUUUAAUGAUUAAGGCUUAAAUCAAGAACCAGAGGACUGACAGUGAUAUAUAUAUCUCACUUUGCUGUGAACCUACAUUCCAUCAGUUACAUGGAGUAACACUUUUCUCCAAAGUGAGGGAAACUACCAGUCCAUGCAUGCACGCAUUGCAUAGCUGUCAGAAUGGGAUUAUUGUGACCGAGAUGCCAUCCACAUAUCUGAGAAAUCAAGAUUUGGACACAACAACUUGUAUCUCCAACAAACCACAUGACUCAGCAUUACUAAAUAACUUAAGUGCUCUCUUUAUAAUCUCAGUCAUUUAAUACUACACCACAACAAUGUGGUAAUCUGUUUACACUAGAGGGCCAAUCGAUGAAGAGUACGUUUCAAAUAGAUUUUAACCAUAGAUUCCUAUUGUGGGCAAAAGCAAUGGAAAUACAGCUGGAAAUGAACAUAGGGUUUUAAGAUGAACUAGUAAUUAUUGCACUAUUGAGAGUGUAAAUGCAGCACAGGCAAUGCCAUGUCUAUGGAACGCAGAAUUCAACUGUGAUUAAUAAAGGGGAAUGCACUGGAAUCAGCUGGCAGCAGUAAGCUGGCUGUGAGGAACAUCGUUGGUGCUGAUGCUUCAGUUCAAGCUUGAUUCUGAGGAAAACUGGAAAGACAAUAAUGUGAUGCUUGCAGUAUUUCACCCAAAACACUCAGCACUGAAUCUCCUGGCACUUUAAGACAUUUUACAAGUGAUACUGAGGAGCUGAAAGCUGUUAAACUUGUUUCAUGAGGACACAUUUUCAUAGACAAUUUGAACAGACGGGAAAUGACAGGAAUGGCGGGAAAAGACUACCAUCAUCUCUUCAAGCUGCUCAUCAUUGGUGACUCCAAUGUAGGGAAAAGCAGUUUGCUUCUACGAUUUGCAGACAAUUCAUUCUCUGGCAGUUAUAUAACCACUAUUGGAGUUGACUUUAAGAUCCGGACAGUGGAGAUUGAUGGAGAAAGAGUGAAACUCCAGAUCUGGGACACUGCAGGGCAGGAAAGGUUCAGAACCAUCACUUCUACGUAUUACAGAAACACACAUGGUGUCAUCAUUGUUUACGAUGUCACAAACCCUGAAUCCUUCGUCAAUGUGAAACGAUGGUUAAAUGAAAUCUCACAGAACUGUGACAAUGUCUGCAAAAUCUUAGUGGGAAACAAGAAUGAUGACCCUUCUAAAAAGCUUGUGGACAGCCAAGAUGCUCAGCGCUUUGGAGAGUCAGUUGGUGUAAGGUUAUAUGAGACAAGUGCUAAAGAGAAUAUCAACGUAGAGGAGAUGUUCAUGGCCUUCACCCACAUGGUCCUUCGGGCGAAGAAACACAGCCAGAGUCGAGCGGAAAGAGAGAGGGAGAGAGAAAAGGACACUGUUCAUAUCAAUUCCCACAGGGACAGAGAGAGGAGGAAGAAAGGGAAGAAAUGCUGCUAGAGAUGCAGAUGGAAAGAGGGACAAAUAAAACACCUUUGCAACUUCGCUCACAGUUUGCAGCUCAGAAGGAUGAAACAAAGUUUUUUUAUGUUAACAUUGCAGUUAGAUAAAGACAAGAGGAUAGAAACUAAUCCGCUAUUAAGUGCCGAACAUUACUUCAGCGUCUGGUUUACACAGGUGUUUAUUAAUGUGAUUUUUUUUAAAAGGGGAAUUUACUGGCAUAGUAUUACACUGGCAUCAGCAGUCUGGUCAAGGAAAGACACUGUUCACAAUACUGGUGUAAUGUGUUCCACUGUUAUUAGUGAGACAAAAUGUUUCUUGUUGGAUUAAAAUGGAGUCGGUAUAUAUAAGAAUGUAUGCAAAUAAUAAAUUAGCAAUAAAACAUGACUUUGCCACAACAAUAUUCAUUUCUAACAUCUUGCAAUUGUGAAAGUGGCAUGGCAUGCUUUCUCCUACUUACACUCUGUAGUAAACCUGUGAUAAAAUAUGUUUCUCAGUCAGUUAUUUUUGGAUUUGCCUAACUAAAUAAAUGGUUUCUUUAAAUUGU